AGCUGAAGGCCUCUGAUGUCCUGUGGUGCCUGUCAGACCCAGGCUGGAUUGUGGCUAUCAUGGGUACCCUGUUUGAACCAUGGACAGCAGGGUCUACAGUCUUCAUCCACCAUCUGCCCCAGUUUGACCCUAAGGUCAUUGUGGAGACACUCUUUAAAUACCCCAUCACCCAGUACAUUACUGCGCCCUCUGUAUAUCGAAUGAUUCUGCAGGAGAAUUUUGGCAGCCUCAGGUUCCCCACUCUGGAGCAUUGCGCUGCUGGCGGGGAGGCCGUGCUGCCCGAAGAGCAAGAGAAGUGGAGACAAAGGACCGGCCUUCUGAUCCACCAGGUCUACGGACAGUCGGAAACGGUAGGUGGAUGGGCCCCUCUGGGCCACCCAGCCCAGCAGAGAAGCUGAAUCUGCCAAAGCCUG